AUGUCGGCGAGAUUCGCGGCUGGCUUACCCUCGACCCUUUUCAUGCUGUUCUCCUUCGUUGGCGCUCUGUGGGGCUACUGGGCCAUUCUCAAGCAUACUUCACUCGUCACAGCAGCCUUUUCAUCCUCCCACGCCUCGGCUCAGGCACCGUUGGCUGGCUCUCCGGAAGCCUUGGAUCCGCAACUCACCAAUACCAUCGGCAAGGAUGUCAUCAAACUCUACUACAACGGCUCAGGGCCAGUCCCCGCGUACGACAAGAAAACACCCUUACCAGAGCCCAUCACUCCUCUGGGCGAGUUGGCGAUCCAAGAGUCAAUCCUGACCGAGUUGCUGUCCAUCCUGCACACUCCCUAUUACCCGGACAGCUGCUCAAAAUGUAUUGCCGCGGGCCAGGUGCUGCACAUCGCGGCUAUCAGUCAGCCAGUGACCGUCUUCACGGAUGUGCUCAUCCGAGCCUGCAAUGCUGUGCCGGAGUUCAAGUCCAAGCUCCGAGCGGCGUCGUGCGAGUCGCACUUCAAAGGCGGAGCUGGAUACGGCGCCUACAUGGCGCAGCUCUUUUCGAAGAUGACGUUGGCCACGGGCGACAUGCAGCAUUGGUGCUCCGUCAACUACGAAUUCUGUGACGUCGAGCCUCCGGUCCUGAUCGACGAAGACUUCUACUUCUCCCCGAAACCAGAAUCGGCGUACAUAGCCCCAGCACCCUCAGAGCAAACGUUCAACGUGCUCCAUCUCUCCGACUGGCACCUGGACCCGCGCUAUGACAUCGGAUCUGAGAGCAAUUGCUCCGACUACAUGUGUUGCCGACCAUAUUCGGUCAACAGGGAACUCUUCACCGACUCCCACAACGCCUCUAUUCCCGCCUCAAGGUUUGGAUCGUUCCUCUGUGACACGCCCGCCGACCUGGCGCUGUCGGCGCUCAUCGAGAUGCCCGCCUUUGUGGACAUGGAUGAGCUUGCCUUCAGCAUCUUCACAGGCGACAUUGUCUCGCACGACCCCGAGGACUUGCUCUCUCACGACUACGUAUCCUACGAGGAAGAGGUGACGUUCAAAGUCUUCAAGCGCUUGAUGGGAGAUACAAUCCCCGUCUACGCGGCCCUUGGGAACCACGAUACUCUCCCCGUCGGCUUCAACACCCCCCGCAGCAUGGACCCCGACCCGACGAACCGGACCAGCAACAUCCUGCAGUGGAACUACGACCUGCUCUCCUCCCUGUGGUCGGGCCACGCGUGGCUCAACGACACCGAAGCCGAGUUUGCCCGCACUCACUUUGGCGCCUACGCCACCACCACCGCCCAGGGGCUGCGUGUCAUCUCCAUCAACUCCGACUUCUGGUACAAGGAAAACAUCUUCAACUACUGGAACGUGACCAACCCGGAUCCCAGCGGCAUCCUCAAGUGGGUGGCGGACGAGCUGUCAGCGUGCGAAAGGAGAGGCCAGCGCGCCUGGAUCAUCGCCCACGUGCUGUCUGGAUAUGACGGUUCCGCCAGCAUGCCGAAUCCGACGGCGCUGUUCUAUUCCAUCGUGCGGCGCUUCUCGCCCGCCACCAUCGCGGCGAUCUUCUUCGGGCACACGCACCAAGACCAAGUCCAGAUCUUCUACGACUACCUGCCUUCCUCACAGGUGACCGUCACCACCCGUUCCGGCCCUCAGACACUGCGCGAUACGACGCAAAUCGACUUGACCAAGCCGCUCCAAAUCAGCCACAUCGGCCCGUCCAUCACGCCCCUGACGGGCCUCAAUUCGGGAUUCCGCAUCUACCAGAUCGACGCGACCACCUUCUCCGUCAUGGGCGCCCAGACGUACUUCGCCAACAUGUCCGACAGCUUGAGCUGGACCAAGCCCGUCUGGGAAUUUGAGUACGACACGCGCCACGUCUACUCGAUUGUCGACGGGGACGAGAGUGAGAAUGAGCACGAUGAUGACCACGACAGUGGUGACGAGAGCACAUCCGCACCGUCUUCUCACGGGCAUGGCAUCUCCUGGCCGUCCACGGCACCCUUGAACGCGACAUUCUGGCACCUCGUGACGGAGAAGAUGCUCAACGGCUCGUCCUCCUCCUCGUCGUCUACACACGACGGUGGCGACGACGACGCCAAAAGAUCGCCUCUGCUCCAACUCUACGAGCGCCACGAGUCCAAGUCCAGCACGCACCCGGACCGCCGCAUCAGUGGCGGAACAGGCAACCCGGCGCAGAAGGUGUGUUUUCUGCGCGCCGGCAGCGGGUACCUGGGCCAGGCCUGCAAGGAGAAAUAUGGGGGCGAGGAUGCGCGGUCACACCGCCAGAGGGAGUUUGAUGUGAGGUAA